CGACGAGUUGCUCGGAAAAGUCGGUCCACUGAUUGCAAAGGCAGACACCCGUAUGCGUUUGUCAAUCGGACCCGCCGAGCGACUCGCCAUCUGCCUACGGUACCUGGCAACCGGUGACUCGUACAGGACCAUAGCAUUCAGCUAUCGGGUCGGGCAUGCAACAGUGGCUGUCAUCGUCAAGGAGGUUGCGGGUGCCAUCUGGACCGCGCUGGUCGAGGAGACCAUGCCGGUACCACAGACGGAGGACUGGAGAGCCAUCGCUGCUGGGUUCCAGGAGCGCUGGAACUUUCCAAAUUGCGUUGGUGCCAUUGAUGGGAAGCACGUGGUGAUCCAGGCUCCGGCAAAUUCUGGGUCCCUGUACUUCAACUACAAGUCCACCCACUCCUUGGUACUACUGGCUGUAGUGGAUGCCCAGUACCUCUUCAGGGUAGUGGAUGUCGGAGGUUUUGGAAGGAGCAGCGACGGUGGGAGCCUGCGGAAUUCCGCUUUUGGAGAGGGCAGUCUGCAGCCACCUACCACCUGA